ACUACUGGGUAAGACUAUAAAAGGCUGCGUCCACUGACCAAGAGAGAAGAAGAAGAAGAAGAACCCAACGUGGCUCACAACGACGAGAAGAACAGAAAACCUCCAGGGAAGCAGCAGCAGCAGCAGCAGGAGACCCGAGCAGACCUGUGCUCCUCUGACCCACCCCGGCUCCGCUUGCCACUCACUUUCAGGAACAAGUGCAAAAUGCUGUGGAGAUUGACCGCUGCCGUGGCCGUGAUGUGUGUCGUUGGCAUGUGCGGCUGUGUGAGGGCGGAUGUCAUGAGCAGGCUGAUCGCGCCGAGGGACUACGGCGUGAAACUGUGCGGGAGGGAGUUCAUCAGAGCCGUCAUCUUCACCUGCGGAGGCUCCCGCUGGAAACGAGCCACAGGGGGCGACUCAGAUUCUUUCCAGUGGGGUUCCCUCAGCGACAUCACAGCGGGGGACAGCAGCCUGCACAGCUGGCAAAGUGGCAGCGAGCUCCCAGAGAACCGCUCUCCUCCCCAGGUCGUCUCCUCUCACUCCCUGGCAGACCUCCUGGCUCUGUACGCGGCCGCAGGCGAGCGACGGCAGCAGCCGCUGGAGAGAUCUCUGCCGGCCACACUUUUAGGCGAGCAAGACGGGAGCCCAGAGGCGGACGAUUGGACCAUGGUGAGCAAGAAGAAGAGGAACUUUUCUCUGGGUGUGGCGGGGAUGUGCUGUAGCCAGGGCUGCACCAAGAAUGAUAUUGGACGAUUGUGCUGAGUUGUGGAGGAAGAGAGAAGAAGGGAGGAGGAGGAGAGGGAGAGGGAGAGGGAGGGGGUGACAUGAAGGUGGUGUGAUGGACAGUGAUAGACAGAUGUGGGAAGAUGGAGGAGAGGAAGUGCACAUCUGUUUAUUCUCAGUCAUGUCUUAUUGUACAAAUACCUGUGUCGUCAUAUUUUUAUUUAUUCUCCAUAUUUUGUCCCGAGAUCCAGGUCUGUGUGUAAGUUCAGCAUCAUUUACAAUAAAAUUGAAAUACUGUGUAAACAGGAAUAUUGUGUGUUGUCUGUGAC